CCCUUCUCUGUUCUCACAAGUUUGUUUUAAAAUGGCGGAAACAUCCAGGCAGCCGCGGUGACCCGGAACGGAGACGCAGCAUCAACAUGGACCGCUCCGUCCUCCUGUCUAACGCCGCCCACCUGUAGCAUCCAGCCGGCGUCAUGGCCACUACAAGCCGCGCUGGUCUGGGUCGGAGCGGAAGCCACGCCGGUGUCACUGGAGCAGUCCUCCUGCCGAAUGGCUCUGCCUUCAGAAGUUCUGUCUUCUCUGACUUACAUGAAGAUUCUGACCGCUGCUGCCAUGGAAGGAGCACAUCCAACGGUUGCGUCCCUGCUCUCCCUGGUUUUGCUCCACCUUGCUCUUCUACCUCCAUCGACACUGGCAGCAGUCAGAACAUAUAUACAGACAUUAAGCAGGACAGUCACAGCUUGACAUCGCAGGAUUCAGGGAUCCCCACACUUGAGAUAAGCCCUGCAGAGCCCACAACCAGCCACAGCAAUCACCAGACUGCAGACCUUUUGGACAGCUCUGAAGACUCUCCUGCUACAUUACCGUUGGAUGAUGAUCUCUCUAAUGGCACGUGCAAGUUCUCCACCUUCCCACGGAGUGGACAUGAGUCAUUACACUUCUUUAGCUCUGCCCUCAGACAUUCUACACCAGUGGCCGCAGCUUCUGGAGGUCGGAUUUUGCACCGGAACGAUGAUGUCUCAGUGUGUAGUGUCUCCAGCGUGAGCACAGAUCACUCUGUGUCCAAUGAAGACAUCCUGAACUUUACGGUCACAUCAGACUCAAGCGCGAUUGUCACAUUGGAGACUUGUGACAGUGGCACAGCUCACUUCUCAGACAUUACACUUUCAUCUACUCCAGGGUCAUGCAAAGACCCGUGGAGUCCGGGCAGACGACAAUCAGGGUCUGGGGUCAAGCAGAUGCAGGAAGAUGGACGACAAAAGAAACUGGGUUCUUUGGUCAGCUUGUUUAACAGAAACCUGUUUUCGAGGAGGGUCAAAGAGAGUCCGUCACUCGAGCAAAGGGACCCAGGAUGGAAACUUUUUGGAAAGGUCCCACCACGAGAAGGCCCCAUCAAGGAUGCCAAGAGAAUCCAAAAGGAAUAUGAAACAAAAAGUGGCAGAGUUGGACCAGGCAACCCCAUGUCACCCAGGCAGGGUGUGAGGAAAAACCUGGACUUUGAACCACUCUCCACCACUGCGCUGAUCCUGGAGGACAGACCCGCUAAUCUUCCGGCCAAGCCAGCUGAGGAGGCUGAGAAACAUCGGCAGCAGUAUGAAGAGAUGGUGGCCCAGGCCAAGAAGAGAGAGAUGAAGGAGGCGCAGAAGAGGAGGAAGCAGCUGGAGGAUCGCUGCAAACUGGAAGAGAGCAUUGGCUCCGCUGCUCAAACCUGGAACCAGGAGAUCCUGCCUAACUGGAGCACAAUGUGCACCUCUCGGCGAGUUAGAGACCUGUGGUGGCAGGGCAUCCCUCCCAGUGUCCGAGGAAAAGUCUGGAGUCUGGCUGUGGGCAACGAACUCAACAUCACACACGAGCUCUACAACAUCUGUCUCUCCCGAGCUAAAGAGAAGUGGAACAACUCGCCUGAGACACAGCCCGAAGAGGCUGGCUCGUCGAAUCGAGAGUCCAGUUUAGAGCUGAUCAAACUGGACAUCUCCAGAACAUUUCCUCAACUGUGCAUCUUCCAGCAGGGCGGGCCUUACCACGAUGUGCUGCACAGCAUCCUGGGAGCUUACACGUGUUACAGGCCAGAUGUUGGCUACGUGCAGGGCAUGUCGUUCAUUGCUGCAGUGCUGAUCCUGAAUCUGGACACAGCGGACGCCUUCAUAGCUUUUGCCAACCUGCUGAACAAGCCGUGUCAGAUGGCCUUCUUCAGAGUGGACCACAGCCUUAUGUUGACCUACUUUGCAGCAUUUGAAGUGUUUUUUGAAGAAAACCUACCGAAGCUCUUUGCACAUUUCAAGAAAAACAACUUGACCCCUGACAUUUAUUUAAUUGACUGGAUUUUCACGCUGUACAGCAAGUCCCUCCCACUGGACCUGGCGUGCCGCGUGUGGGACGUGUUCUGCCGAGACGGCGAGGAGUUCCUGUUCCGCACUGCGCUGGGCCUUCUCCGCCUCUUCCAGGACGUCCUGACCACCAUGGACUUCAUCCACAUGGCCCAGUUCCUCACCCGCCUGCCUGACGUCAUCGUCGGGGAGCAGCUUUUUCAGCACAUAGCCGCCGUCCACCUGACCAGCCGGAACAGGAAGUGGGCACAGGUUCUACAGGCUCUACAGAAGGAUCCUGAGCGAGGAAGUCCCGUCCUGAAGCGUUGAGCAGGUUAUGGAGCAGCAUCUGGACUGGAAUACUGAACUCUCAGUCGCUGGAGCUGACACGCAGACAGGAGGCACACUUCUGAGCUGCUAAUGGAGGCUGGUCCAGGAGCGACCGCCCAAGAUCACGAGGCCUUACUGAAUCACCAACACUCCUUGGAACUGUAGCAGGCGCAAGAAUGUAUCCCCUCAAGUCCCUUGGCACAGAUGAAGUGUUGAGUCUGAGUUUCAUUGUGCCAAGCGGAGACAGUGAUCAGCUCAUCCUCAAAGACUGUUGUUUUGUUGUCACGAGUCAUUCAAAGAGCCAUCCCACCUCCAGCUGCGUCCACUGUACUAUCCUUUCACCUCUGACCUGAUGUUGGGAGGGCUGCGUCCUGUUGCCCCACAGAAUCAAACCUCUAGGGCUGGGACUCCAGUCUGUAUGCUUUAUGAGAUGAUGGAGGUUUAAAGCCUUUGAAUGAAAACUAUUUAUUAUAAAUGGAUAUCGCAGUGAGGAGAAGUCAUUCUUACGUGCACUAGUUUGAUUCAGGUGAGAGGUUGUGUUUUUUUUCUCAUUUUCGAAUCAUGGCUGUACCUCUUCAGGUUGUUGAAUGACCAUUGCUUUAGUUACAUAUUUACCGAAUUGUAAAUCACCAGCUGUACCAUUGUGACCAAGAUCAGCCACCUGGGGCCGCCAUUUUGUUCGUUUACUCUUAUUUAUAGUCACCGUCAGUGGCACCUUUCCUCUGUAUUCACAAGCACCAUGGGUGGAGUUAAAUAUUUUUCUUUUAAGUAUUUUACCUGGAUGAUUAUGUAAACCAUAUUUAAUGUCUGAAAGUUCCAAUGAGCUCCCUGAAGUGGAGGUUAUUGUGGACGCAGCCUGGGUUCCCUGAGUGAGGUGAUUGAAACUCCCUAACAUGCUUGUGUUUCACGGCUCGGAUGUUACACACGAGGAAUAGUUGGACCUCUUGAGACCAUGUUUGCUGCCUAUGAGUUUUAACACUGUAUCUUCAGUCCGUCAAUCAAAGCCUGUCAGCAAGUCCGUGUGUGUGUGUGUGUGUGUGUGUGUCUUCUAUUUGUUUUCAUUCCUCUGUGUGUGUCUACAUGUCAUGACCGAUGUUUCUGCACCUGUCUAACAAUGACUGGCUGUUAUUUAAGUUUUUAAUCUCGUCUUGUCACUUUACGUGGAAAUAAAGGAUUC